AUGAUAUCGUACCAUAGUGCACAAACAGAAUGGAAUGCCAUUAAAAAAGAUGAUGAUGUUGUUCAAGAAAAAAUUGAAGAAUAUUUAGAAAUAUAUAAUCGUUCGGGUGCAGCUGGUCUUGCUCUCGAAGAAGCGGCACCAAAACGAAAAAAAACAACAAAAACCACAACAAAAUCGAAAAAGAAACGAAAACAUUCGUCAUCCUCUGAUAAUGAUGAUGAAGCCGUUACAGCAAAAGAAAUAGUAACAACAACAUGA